UCUCUGGAUAUAUCUGUCCAUCUCCUGCCAGGAACCCCUCAGUCACAUCCUCAACUCACUGCACCAUGGGCGAAGCACCUCCCGUCAAAGACCACCUACUCAUUUCCUACGGUCGUGAUCUCCCGGAAUGGCUGCUGGAGGAAACCCGGGCCAAAUUCCCCGAGGCCGAGGUAUCCGCCAUCCAGUUGGCCAACUUUGCCCCCAUUCCUGCUGAAAUCGCCCGUCGAGCCACUCUCCUCGUCACCUUCAGCAACCUGCCCGCUCCCGAAGAUGCAACCAAACCACCUCCUCUCCCAUCCCAUCAUCAAAUCUACCUCUAUCCCCAUCACCUCCAGCUCCGGCAUCCACGGCCCCCAAUCGCCGAAUGGACCAUCAUGAACUGGCUCGUCGCCUCCCGCCACUUCAUCUACACCCACACCAACCAGCAGAACCAUCUCUGGCAGCGAGACGAAAGCGUCAUGGACACCGUACACGACCAAGUCGGCAAGAAAGUCGGUAUCUUGGGAUACGGGAGUAUCGGACGACAAAUCGGCCGAGUCGCCUCCGCCUUGGGCAUGCAAGUCCAUGCCUACACGGCCUCCCCCCGCCCCACGCCCGCCUCCCGCAUCGACCACGGCUACAUCGUCCCGGGCACCGGCGACCACGACGGCACAAUCCCAGUAUCCUGGCACCACGGGACCUCCAAGGCCUCAAUCCACGAGUUUCUCUCCCUAGGGUUAGACCAUCUCGUCGUAGCACUACCCUUAACCCCCCAAACGACCCGCCUGUUAGGUGCCGAAGAAUUCGAGAUCUUGAAUCGUGGGGUCCCAUCCUCACGAGCUCGACCCUACCUCACAAACAUCUCCCGCGGAAAAGUCCUAGACCAAGAAGCAUUAAUUUCGGCAUUGAAGGGAGGCGUGUUAAGUGGUGCAGCGCUGGACGUGGCCGACCCGGAGCCAUUACCGGCUGAUGAUCCCUUGUGGGAUGCUCCAAACGUGCAGAUUAGUCCGCAUGUGAGUUCCGCAGGGAGGGAGUAUAUGCCGCGGUCAUUGGAUAUUCUAAAGGUGAAUUUGGGGCGGUUGGAGCGGGGGGAGGAGUUGUUGAAUAUUUUGCAUAGGGGGAGGGGAUAUUAAAUCAUCCAUUUUAUUUCUUUCCAU